CCGGCGCUGCGCGGGAGCUCUUUUCCCGUCUCUCUUUCUCCCUCUUUUUUUUUUUUUCCCUCCCUCUCUCUCUUUCUUUUUUUUUUUUUCAGCCCGGCCGCGUUUUUUUUACCCUCCUCAUUCAGAGCCGCGGGUGUUUCCCGGCCCCCAUUGGCCGUCCGGAUUCGGCGGGGCGGAGCCGGGCCGCUGCAAAAGGAGGAAAAGAAAAAAAAAAAGAGAGAGAGCGAGAGAGAGAGGGGAGAGAGAGGGGAGAAAAAAAAAAAAAAAAGAAAAAAAAAAAAAAGAGGAGAAACCCGUAAGUGCGUAAAAAAGUUCUCGCGGCGGUGACGGAUGCUCAAAAGUUCAGGAGUUUUUCCGAUGCGUCCCAACGCAGCCCGGGACCGAGAAAGAGACUGAAAAAAAGGAGAGAGGAGAGAAAGCGCGGAGCUCCGCCGGCGGAGCGGACGGUGGAUUUUUUCCUGCUGCUGCUCGCUUCAAAAAGCCCCACAGAACCCAUCCCCGAGCCGGGUCCCCGCUGCAGACAGCUCGCUGCGGAACGCGGAGCCGGGAGCUGCGUCGCAAAGGUUUUCUUUCCUUAAUCCCCCUCCUGCGUUGGGAGCUGCCUUCUCCGCUGCGAUUGCUUUUUUUUUUUUUUUUCCUUUUUUUCCUUUUUCUUUUUUUCUUUUUUCUUUUUUUUUUUUCCUUCCCCCGUUCUCUUUUUUCGCAGCCCUUUUUGCCCCCUCCCCGUUUUUUGACCUCCCCCCCCCCGCCCCGCGCGGAGCAGCCCGAGAGCGGAGCCCGGCGCCUCCGUCCCUCGCUCCGCCGGGGGGGGCGGGGGGUGCCGCACGGCCGCCGGGCGCUGCUCGGCCCCGCGGAGCGGCGGAGGGUGGAGGGGGAAGGGCCGCGCUGCUCGCCGCGGCGGGAGGGAGGGAGGGGGACGGCUGCCGGGCGGCCAUGCAGGCGCGCUACUCCGUGUCCAGCCCCAACUCCCUGGGCGUGGUGCCGUACCUCGGCGGGGAGCAGAGCUACUACCGAGCGGCGGCGGCGGCGGCCGGCGGGGGCUACGCGGCCAUGCCGGCCCCCAUGAGCGUGUACUCGCACCCGGCCCACGAGCAGUACCCCGCCGGCAUGGCCCGCGCCUACGGGCCCUACACGCCGCCGCCGCAGCCCAAGGAUAUGGUGAAGCCGCCCUACAGCUACAUCGCGCUCAUCACCAUGGCCAUCCAGAACGCGCCCGAUAAGAAGAUCACCCUCAACGGGAUCUACCAGUUCAUCAUGGAGCGCUUCCCCUUCUACCGGGACAACAAGCAGGGCUGGCAGAACUCCAUCCGCCACAACCUGUCCCUCAACGAGUGCUUCGUCAAGGUGCCCCGCGACGACAAGAAGCCCGGCAAGGGCAGCUACUGGACGCUGGACCCCGACUCCUACAACAUGUUCGAGAACGGCAGCUUCCUGCGCCGCCGCCGCCGCUUCAAGAAGAAGGACGCCGUCAAGGACAAGGAGGAGAAGGACCGCCUGCACCUCAAGGACCAUGCCCCGCCGCCGCCGCGCCCGCCGCCCACCGCCGCCACCGGCGCCGAGCCCGAGGGCGGGGGCCCUCCCGCGGCCGGGGCCGCUCCGCCGCCGGUGCGCAUCCAGGACAUCAAGACGGAGAACGGCACGGCCUCCCCGCCGCAGGCCGUGUCCCCGCCGGGCGCCGCGCCGCCGCUGGGCGCCGUGCCCAAGAUCGAGAGCCCCGACAGCAGCAGCAGCCUCUCGAGCGGCGGCAGCCCCCGCGGCGGCGCGCUCCCCGCCGCCCGCUCCCUCGGCAUGGAGGGCCCCGAGCCGCCUCCCCCUCCUCCUCCGCCUCCUCCUCCGCCUCCCCCCCCUCCGCACCACCACGGGCCGGGCUUCAGCGUGGACAACAUCAUGACCUCGCUGCGGGGCUCCCCGCAGGCGGCCGAGCUGGGCGCCGGCCUGCUGCCCCCCGCCGCCGCCGCCCCUCGCAGCUCGCUGCCGCCCGCCCUCUCGCUCGGCGCCUACUCGCCGGGCCACAGCUCCGCGGUGUACGGCUCGCCCUGCGGCCAGCCCGCCGCCGCCGCCGCCGGCUCCUACCACUGCAACAUGCAGGCCAUGAGCCUGUACGCGGCGGCGGGGGGCAACGAGCGGCCCGGCGGCCACCUGCCCGCCGCCAGCCCCGCCGAGGAGCCGCUGCCCGACUACGCCAUGCCCGGAGGGGGCGGCGGCGGGGCGGCCAACGGCGGCGCGGGGAGCGGCGGCGGCCCGGGCGGCGGCGGCGGCGGCGGCGGCGGGGCGGGGGGCGGCCACCAGGAGGGGCACCACCCGCACCCGCACCCGCACCAGGGCCGCUUGGCCUCCUGGUACCUCAACCAGGCGGCCGCGGCGGCGGCGGCGGCGGCGGCGGCGGCGGGGGAGCUGGGCUACGCGGGGCCGCAGCAGAGCUUCGCCGCCGGUCCGCGGGACGUCUUCGAAGCGCCGCGGAUGGGGCUCAGCGCCUCGCCCGGAGGCGGAGGAGGCGGCGGCGGAGGCAACGCGGGGAGCGGCGGCGGCGGAGGAGCGGGGGGCGGCGGCAGCUGUCAGAUGGCGUUCCCCGGCAGCCAGCCGCUGUACCGCGCCUCCGGGGCCUUCGUCUACGACUGCGGCAAGUUCUGAGCGCGGCCCGCCGCCCGCCGCCCGCGUGCGGGGCGGUGAGAGGCCGGCGGCGCCCGCUCCCACGUAAGUGUCGCUUUCUUUGGUCGAUCGCUUCCCAGCAGCGCUCUCCCCCCGCGCCCCGUCCCGUGAGGUAUCGCCGCGCCCCGCUUCCGCACCCCCCACCCGCCCUCCUCCCCCCCCCUCCUCCUUUCCACCCGGACAAGGACUUGUUUGAAAGUGUAAAUUGCCACAUAGUAAUUUAUUUUUAAUUCGUAGUUGGAUGGUGCGGACCAAACGCCACAAAGUGUUUCCCCUACCCCGGGAAGGGUCGUUAACACGGACUGAAACGCUGAUUUAUUUUUUUUUUUCCACUCCAUAUAGACAAAAAAAAAAAAAAA